AUGGCGCCCACAGACCAGAUGCAGAUCGUUGUGGCAAGCACUUGCUACUGCUUUGCCUCUGUGGGGAUGUUGCUCUUCAACAAGUUCGCAGUCCAAGACUUUCCGCUGGAGUGCUGCUUGGUGUGGAUGCAGCUGUUCUUUGCAGCAAGCUUCUUGCUUCUCUUCGCCUUCCCGUAUAUCCGUUUUGGAUCAGUGCACGACGUGCUGCGGUGGUGCAUGGUGGUGCCAUUCUACUGCGGGAUGCUGCUGACUUCAAUCUUGGCCUUGAAGACCGCACCCAUGUCUCUGGUCAUCGUCCUUCGUAACACUUCGCCCUUGGGGACCCUGGUCAUCGAGCGCUUCUACCCAGAGCCCCUGAGGAUUAGUGCCCUAAUGCUUGGCUCCAUCUUUCUGAUGAUGGCGGGCGGGGUGAUGUACGUCUCGCAACUUCCCACGGAGAACUGGCAGGGCAUUGGCUGGGUCUUCCUAAACAGUGCCAUUGCUGUCGCAGAUCGGCUUGUUCAGCGCCUGCUGCUUGCUCAGGAUCUGUGCCCGGUGGAUAUUUCCAAAGUGGGCAUCACGCUCAUCAACAAUCUGGUGGGCAUGGUGCCUGUUGGGAUCGCGGCAUACAUGAAGGGGGAGGUGUCUCGCUUGCCCGGAGUGUAUGCCAUGCUGACCGGCUGGGACAAGUUCUACAUCGGGAUGACCUGUGUCAUUGGCCUGACCAUCAGCUACACGAGCAUUUGGGCUCAAAGCCUCAUCAGCGCAACCAGCUUCUUGGUCAUGAUCAAUGCCAACAAGUUCCUCAUCAUUGGCAUCGAAGCUUUCGGCAUGCAUUCCAAAGCUCUCAACCACAUCCAGGUGUUUGGUGCCAGUCUGACGAUCUUGGGCGGCAUCCUCUACGGGAAGUCGCGCCAAGCAAUUGAGCACGAGGCGGAAGAACGCAAGGCCUUGCUUCCUUCUAAGUAG